AUGGACAAAAAUCAGAAAAAGGAGGUGGAAAAUCCGCGAGAGAAUGCCAAUAUACUGUCGAAACUAUUAUUCGGGUGGAUCUUGAAGAUAUUCGUGGUCGGCUACAGAAGGGAGUUGGAAGAGAGCGAUCUGUAUUCACCUCUGCUGGAGGACAGGAGCGACAAGUUAGGGAAACGUAUCGUGAAGAACUGGGAGAACGAGGUGAAACGAUGCGAAAAGAACGGCAAUCACUCGAAGCCAAGUUUGUUCAGGGUACUCUAUGGGUCCUUUGGCAAUAUUGUCAUGUACACGGCAGUAUGGCUGGUCAUUCUUGAAUUCGUUAUACGGCUUGCUCAGCCAUUUCUGCUGGCUAGACUGCUACGAUAUUUCUCUGGAGACAGGUCAUCAUGGGACACCAAUAUGUACUAUUACGUGACAGCAUUCUGUCUUCUGCCCAUCGUCGACGCCAUUGUUCUGCACUGGUCCCUGCAAACUCUGAUGCACGUCGGGAUGAAGGUCAGAGUGGCCUGUUGCACUCUGAUUUACAGAAAGAUCCUGAGGCUGUCGAAUUCCGUCCUUGAGAAUGAAACAUCUGCUGGACAGAUGGUGAACUUCCUGAGCAACGACGUGAACAGGCUCGACUACUUUGUAUUUUGUAUUCAUUACUUGUGGAUCGGACCGGUCCAGAUGAUUCUAAUUGCGUACCUCAUAUUCCGCGAGAUCGGUUUGGGCGCCUUCACUGGAAUGAUAACGUUCCUUCUCUGUAUACCAUUGCAGAUGUACUUUGGCCGGAAGGUGAUGCGUUUGACACACAGCUCGGCCCAGAAAACCGACAAUAGGCUGAGGUUGAUGAAUCAAAUCAUCGCUGGGGUGGAAGUAAUCAAAAUGUACGUUUGGGAGGUUCCAUACUCGCUUCUUGUUCAGAAUGCCAGACGGAAAGAGGUGGAUGCGAUAAAAAAAUACUCGACAAUAGAGCAGUUCGGUUUAACGUUCAGCGUUUACGUUCCUCAAGUUAGCCUUUUCAUAACAGUAUUGACAUACGUUUUGACCGGGCACAGCAUCGACGCUGAGAAAGUGUUCAUGACGACAGCGUUCUUCGCUCUUUUACGCACCUCAAUGACCAUGGGCUUUCCCCUGAGUAUUCAUCAACUGGCCGAAGCAACGGUCUCCAUCAGACGCCUCGAGAAGUUCAUGAUGCAUCCGGAAAGAUUCGAUUGCCGUACCAAGCAGAAUCAAAUGGCCUGCCAAUCGACCCCGGUGUACAUAAAAAAUGUCACCGCCAGAUGGGACGAGUCCAGAGAUUACACCCUACAGAACGUGGAUCUGUCGGUCCAAGCGGGUGACUUCAUCGCGGUGAUCGGCCAGAUAGGAUCUGGAAAGAGCAGUUUACUACAGGUGAUACUCGGCGAGUUGCCGUUAACGAAAGGUGAUCUGGAGGUGCACGGAAAGAUCAGUUUCGCGGAUCAAAAGCCUUGGAUCUUCGCCUCCUCGAUCAGACAGAACAUCCUCUUUGGCCAACCGUUCAACGAAACACGGUACAACGAUGUGAUUCGAGUCUGUCAAUUGAAACGGGACCUGGACGGUUUCCAGCAUCACGACAGCACCAUGGUUGGCGAAAGGGGUAUCAAUCUGAGCGGCGGUCAACGGGCCAGAAUUAAUUUAGCUCGAGCGAUCUACAUGGAUGCGGAUAUCUAUCUGUUGGACGAUCCCCUGUCCGCGGUGGAUCCGCACGUCGGCAGCCGGAUCGUGAAGGAAUGCAUCUCGGGCUUUCUGAACGGGAAAACCAGAAUCCUGGUCACCCAUCAGAUUCAAUACCUGAAGUCCGCCAAUCAGAUCGUCGUGCUGAACAACGGUAGCGUGCAGGCGAAGGGUAGUUUCGAGGAGCUGCAGUCUAUGAAUCUGGAUUUCAUGCAGAUCUUUCGGGAUGCGGACAAGGACAAGGAGACCAAAGUACCGGUGAACAUGGACGAGAAGGGACAGUUGGUCGAGACCAAGGAAAAAGAAGAGGAGACUGUUGUCAGCGAAGAACCGAUCGAAGUGGCCGAAACCAGGACCGUUGGCAAGAUUUCUGGCAGAGUGUUAUUGGCCUAUCUAAAAGCCAGCAAGAACGUUCUUCUGGUUUCCAUGAUGAUCAUCUGUUUCGUAUUCAGCCAAGGGAUAUCCAGCGGCAGCGAUUAUUUGGUCGCGUUUUGGGUGAAGACCGAGGUCGCAGCGUGGGUCACAACCGUGAACGGUACAAUGGACUUCCAGUGGAAUGGGCCGCUGUCGCGUGAUGGUAUUAUUUAUCUUUAUAGUGGGCUGGUCGUUGGCGUUGUCCUUGUCUACGUGACGCAAACGUUCUUGUACUACGGUGUCUGUAUGCGGGCCUCGAUAAACCUGCACGCGGACAUGUUUCGCAGCAUCGUGCGAGCCGCGAUGCAUUUUUACAAUACCAAUCCCGCCGGUCGGAUACUUAAUAGGUUCUCGAAGGAUAUCGGUACCAUCGACAAGAGAAUGCCGUGUACUAUGUUUGACGUUAUGACAAUGUGCUUGUCUCUUAUUGGCGCCAUAAUCAUCAUCGGCACCGUCAGUCUUUGGCUGCUAAUACCAACGGGAAUCCUCAUCGCAGUCAUCUAUUAUAUGCGAGUAGUAUACAUUACAACCAGUCGGUCCGUAAAACGUAUGGAAGGCAUCACACGGUCACCGGUGUUCGACCACGUAGGCGCCACGUUGCAAGGUCUGACGACGAUCAGAGCGUUCAGAGCCGAAACCACGGUAACCACAGAUUUCGACAACCACCAGGACCUCCACACCUCCACGUGGUUCAUAUUCAUCUCCAUUUCCCGGGUGUUCGGCCUCUACAUCGAGAUAUUUUGCAUGAUCUACAUAGCCAUGUUAACGAUCCUGUUCAUAAUAUUCAAGGAUCUGGCGGUGGCCGGUGACAUCGGUUUGGUGAUCACGCAGGUCACGGGGAUCAUCGGGCUCCUGCAAUGGGGUAUGAGACAGACGGCUGAGUUAGAGAAUCAUUUGACAUCCAUAGAAAGGGUGUUGGAGUACAGUAAUCUAGAGGAGGAGCCUUUUCUGGAUAGCCGACCGGACCGUAAGGCGCCUGAACAUUGGCCCGCCAAGGGUCUCGUGGAGUUCAAGGACGUGAAGCUGAGAUACGGACCGAAGGGCGCUAAUGUGUUGAAAGGCAUCAACUUUGUGGUGAUGCCCAAAGAGAAGGUCGGUGUUGUGGGUAGGACCGGAGCUGGGAAGACCUCUUUGAUCAGCGCUCUCUUUCGGUUAGCGUACAUCGACGGGGAGAUCGUGAUCGAUAACAUACCGACGAACACGAUCGCAUUGCACGAUUUCCGUUCGAAGAUCAGCAUCAUACCGCAAGAACCAGUGCUGUUCGGUGGUAGUCUUCGACGGAAUUUAGACCCUUUCGAUGAGUACACGGACAGCGUAUUGUGGGAGACGCUGCAAGAAGUCGAACUGAAAAAAACUAUAUCCGAUAUGGCCGCUGGUCUGAACACCAAAGUCGCCGAGGACGGGCUGAACUUCAGCGUCGGUCAACGUCAAUUAUUGUGCCUUGCACGAGCGCUGAUCCGAAACAAUAAGAUCAUGGUGCUCGACGAAGCCACUGCUAAUGUCGAUCCGCAGACUGAUUCACUGAUACAGCAGACAGUCAGGAAGAAGUUCGUCGAUUGUACUGUCUUCACUAUAGCGCAUAGAUUGAAUACCAUAAUGGAUAGCGACAAGAUACUCGUGAUGGACCAAGGUCACCUGGUGGAAUUCGACCAUCCGUACGUUUUAUUGCAAAACAAGGGCUAUUUUUACGAUAUGGUGCAGAAGACUGGUCUCGCAAUGGCGAACAGUCUAUCCGAAAUAGCGACAAACUGUUUUUACAGAAACAACGAAGCGUUAACUUAAUGACAGUCAAUCUCUGGUAAUAUUGAAGAUACACGAUAUUCAAAGAAAUUCUUUUUAUACGUCCGAUUUGUAUUUUACUAUCUCGAACUGGCACCUGUCGCUAAAGGUAUCUUCGAUUAUACGAACUGUCACGAAAGUAUGGUGCUUGCCAAGGUAUUAAUGAAGUAACAUAUAGAUAUAAGUAAAGUAUAUAAAAUCUUUUGUAAUGAAACCAUAUUCAAUAAAAUGU